AUGACUUCCCUCCUUCACGAUAAACUUUAUGAGAUCCAGAGUCAAGCUCCUUCUCCCAGCAAAGACUUCCAUCACUUUACCAUCACCAAAACAGAGGUGAUCUGGAGGUCAUGGAGGAUUUCCUUUCGGCCUAAUCAAGAAAAGCUUUUCCCAAAGGAAGUGAGGAAACCCCACAGUGAUUUUUUGCUGAAUGAACAGUUACACAAGCAAGUGCAGAAUAUCUUUGGCUACAAGAUGCUGGAAUACACGCUGAAUUUGUGUCAGGGAUGUUACGAUUUCCUAACUCGAAUGCCUGAUAACCUGAUUAUGCACAUCCUGUCCUUUCUUAAUGCAGAUGACAUCAGAAAGCUGUCAAAAACUUGCAAGAAGUUUCAGCAGUUAUGUAGCAGUGAAGAACUUCGGGAAAGCAUUAGACUGCUACAAGAUAAACACACUCAUGAUCUGAAGAUUCUGAGGUUCCCAGUUUACAAGAAGCUAACAUACUUCAACCAAAAGCCCAGUCAUCAGAAGCAGAUGCAAAGAAGACAGACCACAUUCUUUUAA